UUUUCGAAUUCAUGUUUGAAAUUGUGUGUUGGUGGUAACGGUUAUGCUUUGUAAACGGUUAAUGAAAUAACUUUUACAGUUUAUGUAACUUAUAACAGGUAAAAUGUCUAUAGAAAAGACGAGAAUACCACUUCCUAAUAGUAGCAAACUAGCCUCCUUGAAAUUACAAGCAUCAACAUCAGUAACAGCAGCAUUACCAAGAAAAGUCUUGGGGCCUCUUCCAUCAAAUGGACUUAACGUUGGUCUUAAAAGACGAUCAAAGUCUUACACUGAUCUCUCUUCAAUUACAAAUUUUAAACCUCUGGAUGGACUGCGAAAAAAAAUAGACCCAAAACCAACUGUUAAUCUUACUACUGGACCACCAGCAGCAAAAAAGUUGAGGAGAUCCGUGUCAACAUCACAAAUAUCAAGAACAAAUGUUAAAAGCGUUAAUUUGAAAAAAUUGGCAGUGAAAAAACCAGUUGUAAUGAAGCCUACUAAUGUCACAAAUAAUACACAGCAAACAAAAGUUUUCAAACGUGCUGCUGAUACAAAAGUAACAGAAGAAGUAAAACCAAAAGUCUCAAAACCGGCAAGAAUUCCACCAUAUGAUUAUAAAGCUCGAUUUAAUGCUCUAACAGAAAAGUACACAAACCUUCAAACAAUGUACAAAGAAGCCAAAGAUAAACUUACGGACAAUGAGUCUAUAAAAGAAAAUUAUCAAGAUUUAUUUAACAAGCACAGCAUUCUUCAAUGUGAUAUGGAAAAGAAAAUUGGUGAGAAUAAAAUUAUAAACUCUGAAAAAAAUAUACUACUAUCAAAAGUAGAUAGUUUAGUUAAUGAUAUACAAGUGUUAGAAAAAAAAUAUAAGGAAGUUUGUGAUGCUCAUGAAAUAUUGAACAGUGAUUUCAAACAACUGUCUGAAGAUUAUAAAAAUGUUUCAAAUGAAAAUUUAGAUUUGAAAUCUAAACUUGGCAGUGCAAUGUCUCAAAUCGAACAACUACAAAAUGCUGUAGACAGUUAUAAGGCAUAUCUUUGGAAAAAUGGCGAGACAUUGAGAUCUAUGCACAACACCAUUCAAGAUUUAAAGGGUAAAAUCCGAGUUAUCUGCAGAGUGAGACCAGCAUCACAAACCGAACAAGAAAGUCUCCUCUGUAACAUCAGUUUCCUGGAUGAAUGCACCAUAGAAAUAAGAAAAAACAAAGAAAGUCUUUCUAUAAGUGGAAAACCAACUGAUGCAAAAUUAGAAUUCACUUUUGAUAAAGUGUUUGGACCUGAAAGCACUCAAAAAGAGGUAUUUGAAGAUUUAGCUCAUCUUGUGCAGUCAGCACUUGAUGGGUAUCAUAUUUGUGUCUUUGCUUAUGGGCAAACAGGAUCAGGGAAAACAUACACUAUGCAAGGAGGUGAUUCAGAUGAAUCAAAGGGAAUGAUCCCCCUAGCUGUUGAACGUAUUUUUUAUGCUAUAAAGCAUCUCCAGUGUCAGGGAUGGUCCUACACCAUUCAAGCAAGCUUUUUAGAAAUCUAUAAUGAAACCAUAAAAGACCUUUUGGAUCCAAAGAGUAAAGAAUCCCUUGAUAUUCAGCACAAUGAUGGAAAAUCUAUCGGAGUAAAGAAUUUAACAAUACUGGAUGUCAAUUGUGCCGAAGAUUUGAUGGACUUGAUGCAACUGGCAAACAAAAAUCGAGCUGUUGCAGCUACAAAUUUCAAUGAGCACAGUUCCAGGUCACAUGCCGUUACCAAAAUUUAUAUACAAGGCGUUCAAGAAGACAGUAGCAUUAUCCUUUGUGGCUCUUUGAACUUGGUGGACCUUGCUGGAUCAGAAAGUGCAAAAACGAGCGAAAGACUGACUGAAACCAAAAAUAUUAAUAAAAGCUUGUCCACAUUGGGACAAGUAAUGCUUGCAUUGCACAAUAAAGAUGCACACAUACCAUACAGAAAUUCUAAAUUGACUCAUUUACUUCAGAAUUGCCUUGGGGGCAAUUCGAAAACACUCAUGUUUGUCAAUAUUUCUCCAAUGGAAGAAUGUUAUUCGGAGUCUGUUAACUCACUAAGGUUUGCUUCAAAAGUUAAAGAGGUCAAAGUGAAUGCAAAAAGAAAUAAAACUUACUCCAAAAUGGAUGCUAGCUCCAAUUCUUUAAAAUUCUCAUAAUUAGAACUAAUUAAAGCUAUUUUUAAAUAUAUAUUAUAGAUAACGUUUAAUAAGGAUACUGGAAUUCCAUGAAUUAAAAUAUGUACAUUUUUUACAAAAUAUCUAACAGCAAAGACAAAUGCUUAUUAUCUGCUCAAAUUUGAAUCAAAAUAAUAGUAUUUACAAAGAAAUCAAGAUGAUGAGCAAAAUUGUAUAUAAUUCAUUUAAGGUAGCCAAAGAAAAGAAAUGCUUUUUGACUAAGUUUUGUUUUUGGUAAAGAGAAAAUUUCUGGCAUGCUACGCCAUAAUUGGCAGAUAAAAUAAAUAAAGAAAUUAUUUUUUAUGGUGCAUACAGCAUUAUAAAUGAAAGAAAAUUUUUUAUACUAUCAAUAAAGCCUAUAAAUUUAAUUAUCUUAUGAUACCUAUUUAUCCUCAAAAUGAAUUAAAAUGAAUGGGUGGGGGCUGACUCACAUUUGCUUGAAUGAAUUAAGAUAUCAAUAUUUCCAGAAUUUCUUUAGUUUUCUGGAUUUUGAAAAUUAAUUGUUAGUAGGCAUAUACCUAGUAGUAUUAUUAAACACCAAAAAUUUUAAAACUUGAUAAAUUCUUUCUUGUAUUAAGAAGUUGUAAAAUCAACGAAAAAAUGAAUGAACGAUGAUUUAAUAAUUGAAUGGAGUAAAAUAGUGUACGUUUCCUUAACAGUUGUAAUUUUUUACUAGUAUCCUUACAUAUGAUAUAUAAAUGUUAAUAUGAUACUAUGUACUAAUUAAUUUGCUUAGUUAGAAGAUUGAGUUAGGAAAGCAUCAUUUCAGCCAAAUAAAUAGUACUUUUUAUAAUAUAUUCCUUUUUACUACUAACUGAUAAUAAUUGAUUGACAAUAAAUUGUACAUUAAAUAUACCUACUUAAUUUUAAGUGUUUUAACUAAUCGGUUAUUGUGUGCUCAUUACUUUUUGAUGUAUCUGUUUUUGAAUAGAUAAGUCCAGCAAUAAAUUAUAUAUAUUUGCAAUAUUUUCCCAUAAAAGACAAACACGAAAGUAAUACUUGUAUGGCAAUUUCAUUACAUGAUUGUUAAAGAUUUUUGUUGUACAAAAAUUCUUUAUUUUAUUUUAAUCAAUAAAUUUUU